GCCUAUUGAAGCGCGAAGCUGGAGUGUUUAAUCGACAACUACUACGAACAAUCAAACUUCACAUGAAACUUUUUUGGCUGCCCUCUGCAAGGGAUCGUCGUCUUGUCCAACCACUUUGCACCUCUGUUUUUAGACGCCCACCUCUUUUUGGUUCUCUCCUGUCGCUGGGCUAAUCAGAGUGCAUCUUGGCUUUCUCCGCCAUUUUGUAGGGGUAUAAGAAAACUCGGCCAGACUGCACAGUCGCUGCUCUGACCUGUAGUUCUGUGUUGUGCAAUGGACGGCCGUCUGGAGACUGAUUUGUAUCCUAUGGGAUCCACUUACGCUACGGAACUAGACAGUGUCCACGAUAUUACAGUUGGUACAAAGAGAGGAUCUGACGAACUUUUUUCCUCUUGCGUCUCUAACGGGCCCUAUAUCAUGAGCAGUUCGUCUGGAGCAGCGAAUGGCAAUGACAGCAAGAAGUUCAAAGGUGAAAUCAGGAGCCCAGGCAUUCCGUCCCGCGUCAUACACGUGCGCAAGCUCCCCAAUGACAUCAACGAGGCAGAGGUGAUCUCCCUGGGGCUGCCCUUCGGCAAAGUGACCAACCUGCUCAUGCUGAAAGGGAAGAACCAGGCCUUCCUGGAAAUGAACUCCGAAGAGGCGGCGCAGACCAUGGUCACCUACUACUCCUCCUUCACCCCGGUGAUCAGGAACCACCCUAUAUUCAUGCAGUACUCCAAUCACAAGGAGCUCAAGACCGACAAUUCACCCAAUCAGGUGAGGGCCCAGGCAGCGCUGCAGGCGGUCAACGCUGUCCAGACGGGCGGGAUGACCAUGGCCAGCGUCGCGGACCCUUCCAGCAUGGGCAGCCACAGUCCCGUCCUGCGCAUCAUCGUGGAGAACCUCUUCUACCCGGUCACCCUGGACGUGCUGCACCAGAUCUUUUCAAAGUUUGGCACAGUGUUGAAGAUCAUAACAUUCACAAAAAAUAACCAGUUCCAAGCCCUGCUGCAGUAUUCAGAUGGCCUGACUGCCCAGCAUGCUAAACUGGCUCUCGAUGGGCAGAACAUCUACAAUGCCUGCUGCACGCUGCGCAUCAACUUCUCCAAACUGACCAGCCUGAACGUGAAGUACAACAACGACAAGAGCCGCGACUACACCCGGCCCGACCUGCCCACCGGGGACAGCCAGCCCACCAUGGAUCACCACGCCAUGGCGGCGGCCUUCGGGGCACCGGGAAUAAUCUCCGCCUCCCCGUACGGAGGAGCUCACGGGUUCCCUCAAGCCUUUGCCAUUCAACAGGCAGGUUUGUCGAUGCCUGGAAUGCCGGGAGCCCUGGCCUCGCUGGGCAUCCCCAGCGCUGCGGCGGCUGCUGCCGCCGCCGGUCGCCUCAGCUUCUCGGGCCUCACCGGCGGCCACAGCGUCAUGCUCAUCAGCAACCUGAACCCAGAGAGAGUUACGCCCCAAUGCCUCUUUAUUCUUUUCGGUGUAUAUGGUGAUGUUAUGAGGGUGAAAAUCCUGUUCAACAAGAAGGAGAAUGCCCUGGUACAGAUGGCAGAUUCAACUCAGGCCCAGUUAGCAAUGAGCCACCUGAAUGGGCAGAAGUUACAUGGGAAGGCAUUGCGUGUGACCCUGUCAAAGCACACAAACGUACAGCUUCCCCGAGAAGGUCAGGAAGACCAAGGCCUGACCAAGGAUUUCAGCAACUCUCCCUUGCACCGCUUCAAGAAGCCUGGCUCCAAGAACUAUCAGAACAUCUUCCCUCCAUCAGCAACCCUGCACCUCUCCAACAUCCCACCAGCAGUUGUUGAAGAUGACCUGAAGACGCUGUUUGCAAGCUCUGGUGCUUUGGUCAAGGCUUUCAAGUUCUUCCAGAAGGAUCGUAAGAUGGCCCUGAUCCAGAUGGGCUCUGUGGAGGAGGCAAUCGAGUCUCUGAUUGAAUUCCAUAAUCACGACCUCGGCGAGAACCACCAUCUGAGGGUUUCCUUCUCCAAGUCUACCAUUUAAGGAGAUCAGAUGGACAGGGGGCCAAGAUUGGCUGUCACUUUAGACUUCAACUGUGUAAGCUUGUUGAAGGAACUUUUUUGGAGGGACUUUGUUCGCAAGACUCACUUCCAUCAUUCCUUUAUUAAAUUUUUUCCUGUAUGUAGAUCUAUAUGACAUGCCAAUUUGAACCACACAGAAGAAAAAGAUACAGAUUUUAAUUGGGCUUUUAAGGAAUAAUUUUAGGCAUUUUUCUGUUUCUGUUUUGAGCUGAUAGAAUAGACCCCAUGUUAGCGCAUGGAUGAUCUUCAAGUAUAAGUAGUUUACACUUGUGGGCUCCAGCAUUCCUGCCCUGGAGUCCUUUAGGUUGCACAUGUCAUUCAGCCUUUUGCAUUCAUUUGUUAUUCCCUUUACUGUUGGGGACUUGUACCACUAGGUCUUGAGGUGUGUCCAUUGUGUUCUGAAUAUCAUGCCUUCACAAUGCCCUGUGCCUUAUUAGUACUAUUCCUACUGCUCGUUUUUCCAGUAAGUAAAUGCACUGGCAUUUUUAUUAAUAUCCCCAUUAGGUAUGGCUCGUCGGGUCAAUUUAAAACUUGUAUUCACAAAUAUUCUGUUUACAGCUUAUUUCUGUUUAUCUAUAUUGCUUGUUGGAGACAUGAUUGGGUUGAAAUGUCUUGUUAUCGGUUCAUGCAGCUUGAGGGCUAUUUUGAGUAGGCCAAACCUUUUUUUUUUCCUCCUCCCCCCAACUUGCAAAGAAGGUCAUUAUUUGUUUGAUUGGUUUGGACCGUUCACUGUCCCUGUUGCAUUAUUUAGCUUUUUCGAAAGUGAAGACCCUGUCAAUAGUGGGGUUUAUAUUCCUAUAAGUCUUAUUUACUGUAUCUAUAUCUAGAUUAGAAAAUUUACAUUCCAUUAUAUUUUUAAAUUUAUGCAAUCGUUUUUUUGUACAAAUCCAAUAUUGUAUGGAGUAUAUUUGUAUCAUUCUUAUACUGUAGUUCGUAGUUGGUAGGUCUCUUUUGGUCAGUGGCUGCCUUCUUUUACCACUGUGCCUUUGCUGAAGUCUAUAUUGCUCUGAGACUUUACUUGCCUAUGUUGGUUACUGUGUCUUAUUCUCUUUGUGUUAUAUGUAGCCUGUCUUAAUUUCUUUCAGAACUCCUAUCCAGUUUGUAUACCUGCGUCAUUUUACGAUUUUCUGAAGCUCAAAACCAAAAUAAGGCCCUUUGCAAGCUCUAGAACUAGUGGACAAAAGUUUCUACUUGGGUUCGAAGUAACGUGAGACUGACGUUAUUAUUAUUACUGCUACUACUACUACUAUUAUAGUAAUUGAAGUAGCAUUACAGGGGUAUCAUGAAAUUAGGAAAAGUAAUGCAUACAUGCAUACUAGUUUUGGAUUGGGAGCUUGCAAAGGGCUAUAGCUCUUGACACAGCUCUAUACUGGCACUUUUUGGUUCCCAACAGCCGUAAUGGUCUGAAUGUUGGAAUGUUUUUAAAAGUGCCUCUGGUGCUUUGUCAUUGAUAGUAAACAUUUUGUUGCACAGUGCAAGUAUCAGUCCUGCCUUAAUGCCCCAACGCCAACAUAUCUCAAAUGUGCAUUAGCUCAGUCAGAGCUUCUGUCCCAUGUUUGCAUUGAUAAGUGUCCUUACGUUAUCGUUGUGACUUUACCACCUGAGGGUAAGAACUUUGAAUGGUGCUUGUGAUGUGAAAGCCUUGGUAAAGCUGCAUGCUGUGGUUAAUUUUUUGGCUUUUAUGCCGCAACAGUCAUUUGGAUACCGCUGUGAACUUUAAGCAAGUCUUAACUCGGACACAUUCCUUUUUAUGCUGCAUCUUUUGGUAGGAGAGACUGUAUAACCUCAAGUGGUUUACGUUCUUCCCACAAAAUGGAUUCCUUUACUGAUCAGAAAAUGCAUAUUUCGGUUUUGGUCUCAUUUUAAGUUAUAGGUCAGACGCAAAGCAAUAACUCAUUGCAAUCUCUUCAGGGUAAUGACAAUAUGUCUAGGACCAAAGUGUUUCCCCCACCAUUCCAGAGUUUUACAUGUAGCCAUUUUCUUUUACUUUUUCUUUAUUUAAUAAGAUAUGUCGCCUGAUUGUUUUCCUAUUACAUUAGGAAGACCUUAUUGGACCAUGGCCAUCUUGUCUGUAUGGAAUGGUCUUGGACAACAUCAGAGCCACUUUCAUUACAGUGGUUGGAAAUGGACUGUGCAUAAAUUGUCUAAACCUUUGCGUUAAACCUGGGUUCUAUGGAAGCUGAAUUGGAUAUCAACCUUUUAAAAAUAUAUAUAUAUAUCUUGUGACAUUCAUACAAAUAUGAUAUGAAAUAAAUAGAAAGAUUGUCAUUGGUUACAAUUGGGGUAAUGUAACUGCAGGCCAUUGGUUCAGAGAUUUCAGUGAGCUCGGGAGACAAGUCCAUGUACAAAGCAGGCAAGAAAUGGAAUUUACCAAAUUAUGGAGACUUGCACAUGGUUGCAAAGCAUUCAUGAACUUUACAUCCUCUUAAAAUCGUGAUCCUGCAUUGAGCUGUUCAGAAUUUAAUGGGGAGUAAUGGACAGGAACAGCUUGGGGCUGGGGGUGGGAGGGACGGGGGGAUUGUACAUAUUCAUGCUUUUGUACCACAGAUGGUGAUUGGGAAGCAAUACACACAUUUUAUAUCUAUAAAACCAAUGUAUAUUUUGAUUACAUCUACAACUAAGGUUGUUUUGGGCCAUUAUGGAUCCAUUUAAGUUUGUAUUUCAAGAACAAAAAGAAAUUAAAACAUAUUUUCUAACAAAAUGUGUAUCUUCUAUUUUCCCCCACAUAACCUGUUUUAGUAAUGACUUGCUCUUUUCUGGAUCUUGUGCCUUCAAUAAAUCUUUCAUUUAUUCUUGCUUCCA